GCCGGGGGGGGCGCACGGAGCGGAGCGGCUGCCGCGCAUCCCGCAUCCCCGGUCCCGGCAUGGGGAACGCGGCCGGGGGCCUGGAGGGGCCGGGGGGGCGGCGGGAGCCCCGUCCGCAGGGAGCGCCCCCCGCCGCCCCCGCCCGGCAGCCGCGGCCCCGCAGCGCCGAGCUGGAGCGGCGCUUCCAGAGCGUCCUGAACUCCAUGAACCUGCCCCCCGACAAGAUGCAGCUGCUCAACCAGUACGACAACGAGAAGAAGUGGGAGCUCGUCUGCGACCAGGAGCGUUUCCAGGUGAAAAACCCACCGUCUGCCUACAUCCAGAAGCUGAAGAGCUAUUUGGACACGGGUGGUGUAAGCAGGAAGUUCAAGAGGCGAGUGCAGGAGUCGACGCAGGUGCUCCGGGAGCUGGAGAUUUCCUUGAGGACCAACUACAUCGGGUGGGUCCAGGAGUUCCUCAACGAGGAGAACAAGGGGCUGGAUGUGCUGCUGGAGUACCUUGCCUUCGCCCAGUGCUCUGUCGCGUACGACAUGGAGAGUGCCGAGAACGGCAGCCCAGGCUCUGACAAGGGCAAGGUCCUGGAGCAGUCGCUGGAGGACCUGAGCAAAAGCAACUCCUCAUCGCCCACCCAGGGCGCCUCCAAAAUGCGACACCUCACCGUCAGCUGCUGCCUCUCGAACCAGUACAUCCACACCCUCCUCCGCCACGUCCACCCCAGCGUCCCCUGCGGCGCCCCGGGCAGCGAUGGGGACAGUAGCCCCAGGUCACCCGGUGCCUCCUGCCCGCCCCGGUUGAACCCCUCGCACAGCAGGAAGGCGCUGAGGAACUCCCGCCUCGUCAGCCAGAAGGACGACGUCCACCUCUGCAUCAUGUGUCUCCGCGCCAUCAUGAACUACCAGUCUGGCUUCAGCCUGGUGAUGAACCACCCAGCCUGCGUCAACGAGAUCACCCUGAGCCUCAACAACAAGAACGCCAGGACCAAGGCGCUGGUGCUGGAGCUGCUGGCUGCUGUCUGCCUGGUCCGAGGUGGCCACGACAUCAUCCUGGCCGCCUUCGACAACUUCAAGGAGGUCUGCGGGGAGAAGAACCGCUUCGAGAAGCUGAUGGAGUAUUUCCGAAAUGACGACACCAACAUCGACUUCAUGGUGGCCUGCAUGCAGUUCAUCAACAUCGUGGUGCACUCGGUGGAGAACAUGAACUUCCGCGUCUUCCUGCAGUACGAGUUCACCCACCUGGGGCUGGACAACUACCUGGAGAGCCUCCGCCUCACCGAGAGCGACAAGCUGCAGGUGCAGAUCCAAGCCUACCUGGACAACGUCUUUGACGUGGGAGCCAUGCUGGAGGACUCGGAGACCAAGACGGCCGUGCUGGAGCACAUGGAGGAGCUGCAGGAGCACGUCAACCAGUUGACGGAGAAGCUGCAGGAUGCGGAGAACGACUCCAUGGCCAAGAUAGCGGAGCUGGAGAAGCAGCUGAGCCAGGCGCGGCGAGAGCUGGAGGCACUGCGGGAGCAGCUGAGCCCACCGCGGCCACCCAGCCCGCCAGCCCUGCAGCCUCAGGAAUGUUACCGGCUGGCGCUGGAGCGACGGCUGGCGGAGCUGGAGGAGAAGGGAUUGGUGCAGAUCCUGCGUGGGCCUGAUGGAGAUGUCGCCAUCGAAAUUGUCCCUGUCGUCAUAGAAACUCCGGCAGCCCCCGUGGUUACUGGAGAGGCCACCACCACCGGCACUGCCACCGGCACAGAUGCUCCAUCUCCGUCUUCCCCCUCAGCGCCCGUCCCCCCUCCUCCACCCCCUCCACCUCCUCCACCUCUGCCGGGGGCUGAGCCCGUCCCCCCGCCACCCCCCGCGCCCCCACUGCCCGCGGGCACCGUCCCACCCCCGGCUCCUCCACUCCCCGGUGCCCAAGUGCCACCUCCACCACCGCUGGGGGGACCGGGGGCACCCCCACCGCCCCCUCCACCACCUCCACCGCUCGGUGGGGACCCCCCGGCUGGGCCAGGUGCUCCUCCUGCUGCCAGCGGUGCAGUGAAGGUGAAGAAGCCGAUCCAGACCAAGUUCCGCAUGCCUGUCUUCAACUGGGUGGCACUGAAGCCGAGCCAAAUCGAUGGCACCGUCUUCAACGAGCUCAACGAUGAGAAGGUGCUGCAGGAGCUGGACAUGAGUGACUUUGAAGAGCACUUCAAGACCAAGGCACAAGGUCCCAGCUUGGACAUCAGUGCCCUCAAGGUGAAGGCCACUCAGAAGGCUCCCAGCAAGGUCACCCUCAUGGAAUCCAACAGAGCCAAGAACCUGGCCAUCACCCUCCGCAAGGGUGGCCGCAGCAUCCAGGACAUCUGCACGGCCAUUGAGACAUAUGACCAGCAAGCCCUGAGUCUUGACUUUCUGGAACUGCUGCUGCGCUUCCUUCCUACUGAGUAUGAGCGGACACUCAUUGGGAAGUUUGAGCGGGAGCAGAAGCCGCUAGAGGAGCUCUCAGACGAGGACCAGUUCAUGAUCCGCUUCAGCAAGAUCCCGCGCCUGGCCGAGCGCAUGAACGUCAUGAUCUUCCUGGGCAACUUCAAUGACACGGCGCAGCUGCUGAUGCCGCAACUCAACGCCAUCAUCGCCGCCUCCAUGUCCCUCAAGGCCUCCAGCAAACUGCGCAACAUCCUCGAGAUUGUCCUGGCCUUUGGGAACUACAUGAACAGCAGCAAGCGUGGGGCAGCCUACGGCUUCCGGCUGCAGAGCCUCGACGCGCUGCUGGAGAUGAAGUCGACGGACCGCAAGCAAACGCUGCUGCACUACCUGGUGCGGGUGAUCGCGGAGAAGUACCCCGAGCUCACCGGCUUCCACACGGAGCUGCAUUUCCUCGACAAGGCGGGUGCAGUGUCCCUGGACAGCGUGUUACAGGACGUGCGGAGCCUGCAGCAGGGCAUGGAGCUGACCCGAAAGGAAUUCAUGCGGCAGGACGACAGCCCCGUGCUCAAGGAGUUCCUCAAGGUCAACUCAGAGGUGAUGGAGAAGCUGCAGGCUGACAGCAAAACCGCCAAGGAGGCGUACGAGUCGGCUGUGGAGUACUUUGGAGAGAACCCCAAGACCAGUCCCCCCACCACCUUCUUCCCCGUCUUCAUGCGCUUCAUCAGAGCCUACAAGAAAGCAGAGCAGGACAUCGAGCUGUGGAAGAAACAAGAGGCCGCGGUCAAAGAGGCAGAAUCCGGCUCCCCCAGCAACGAGGAGCAGCCUGAGCUGCCCACCCAGAAAGCCAAGCGGCAGCAGAUGGACAUGAUUGCCGAGCUGAAGAAGAAGCAGAUGGUGAAGGAGCCGCUCAUCUAUGAAGGAAAAGAUGGAGCCAUCGAGGACAUUAUUUCAGCUCUGAAAACUGUUCCUUUCACGGCUCGGACGGGCAAGCGCUCGUCCCGGCUCUUCUGCGACGUGAGCUUCAAUGAGGAGAGUCCUCUGUAGAUCUGCGGAACAACCCUUACCGGCGCGCAGACAAGGGCCGCAGCAGCGCCAAGAAACGGGCUGCGGGGCAGAGCCUACAGGCGACGCCGGACAUCUCGCUGUGACUGGUGUGGGCCCCACGGCCGCCAGGACCAGGGCAGGACCAUCCUCCCACCACAGAUGGGACCACAGGACAUCAGCCCGCUGGCUCAGGACAACCCAGGGUGGAGGGCAGUGCCUGCUCCCAGCUGCUCCAGCCGCUUAGCGUGCCGGCUCCCACCCUGCAUGCCCGUGGGUCCGGCACAGGGAUGCCCCAGCGCUUGCUUAGCGAUGCCUCCGAGCUCCUCUCCUCCAGGCUGGCAGGGCUGGGGGAUCCCCCUGGGGACGGGCAGGGAGGGGCGAGCACAGAAUGGGCUCCAACUUGUCCUGGAAGGAGAAGAGGAGCCACCCCAGCCCCACCGCGGAACUGCUCCCCUGCACAGCCAUCCCAGGGCCAGCCCUGGCGCUACCAUGCCGUGCUCUUCAGCUUGCUGGUGCCUUCGAUUUCCCACCAGCCCUUGGAGAGCCGUGUUCUCAUCCACUGCAGAGCAAGCGGGCACGGGCUGUGCCUCUUUUGUGCUGCAAAAAUCCCACCCUGGGCACUCCCCGGACCCCAGGAGAUGGCAGGGGUGCUAUUUUACAGCGAUUUUAUAUGUCUUCCUUAAAAGCUCUGUGCGCUAUGGUAGCAGGGACUGGAACACCCAGACACAGGGUCUUAUCAGGAUCCUAAAGCUCCUCUGAGCCUGUUCCUCACUGCAGGGGAGGCUCUGCAGCUGCGACCACCAGCAGCCGAGUCAAGGAUUUGCCAUCCUAACUCUGGUAUCCAACUGCCCUCCUGCAUCCCAGCAUCCGCGGCCGGGGCUGGAGCCUCUCUGAACCAGCAGUGACCGUCGGCGCUGGGGGAGCACGAGGCUGCUCCGCGUUGGCCGGCAGCCGCAGGAUGCGGGAUGCAGCGGGUGCUAAGCAUCCUCUGCCUCUGCAGCACCCUGAGCGCUGCAGCAGCCUCCGCGUAAAGCACUGGAUGUCGUUCCUCCCCUGCUGCUGCUGAGUAAAUCUCACCCGGGCACUGUCACCAUUAACCUGUUUAAAGCAUCUCCUUCGUUUUGGCCCAGGGCGCGUCCUCGCUGCACGCCCGAGCGGCCGCUGCUUCUGCUGUAAUUACAGCGCUAAGCGCCAGCUUGGCUCCGUAUCGCACACACGCUCGACGGGGAGGGACGGGAAAUGAAUGUGUAACUUAUAAAUGCCUUUAAGCCAGAAAUGUAAAACAUUAACUGCUAAUUUGUAUACAUUAUUUUUAUAUACAGAAGGCCUGUUUAAUCUAAAGCAGAACUGGUAAUAAAACUACUCUUAAGGAUAACGAA